GAUAAACACAAGCUGUGAAUGAAGGAGAAAAUCUGAUUGGUUGAAAAUUUCAAAAUGUUUCUGACUUGUCUAGAACGCUUAGUUAAAGUUGUUAUGGCGUUAUUUUAAUGUAUUCAUGCUUGUAUUGUUAAUUUUUUUUGUUAAAUAAUUGUGAUAUUUUAUAGAAUGGCGUCUGCUGGAGCUAUGUCAAAUAAUGUAGAAAACCUCUCCCCACAAAUAAUAAGAGGGGUUGUAAAAGAAAUGCAAGAUCUAGUCAAUAAUCCUCCUGAAGGUAUAAAAGUUCAAAUCAAUGAAGAAGAUGUGACUGAUAUUCAAGCUUUUAUUGAUGGACCAGCAGGUACUCCAUAUUUUGGAGGUGUAUUUAAAGUUAAACUUACACUUGGCAAAGGUUUUCCACAGGAACCUCCUAAAGCUUAUUUCCUGACAAAAAUUUUUCAUCCCAAUGUAGCUGCAAAUGGAGAAAUUUGUGUAAACACUCUUAAGAAGGAUUGGAAAUCAGAUCUCGGAAUUAAACAUAUACUUUUGACUGUAAAGUGUCUUCUUAUUGUACCAAAUGCUGAAUCUGCACUAAAUGAGGAAGCCGGUAAAUUACUUUUGGAACAUUAUGACGACUAUUCUCAAAGGGCAAAAAUGAUGACAGAAAUUCAUGCACAGCAACAUAAAUGUAAGGGUUAUCCUGGUGAAGGUCCUCUUGCCAAAAAACACGCAGGGGAUAAAAAACUAACAGCAGAAAAGAAAAAAAUACUUAAAGACAAAAAGAGAACUUUAAAACGUUUAUGAGGUUAUGUUGUUUGAUAUGUUUUUGAUUGCUUAUAAUUAUUUAAAAAAAAAGCAUGGAAUUAUGUAUUAAUUUUGAAUGAGAAGAAUGAUUUUAAUUUUUAUUGAUCAUAUUUUUUUAAUGAGAUAAUUCCAUAUACUAAAAUAGAGUUAUUGAGCUAAGCGAAGAUAUUUUUAAUUUUAUAAUAUUUGUAAUAACUGAUUUUUUUAAUUGAAAUAAACUUGUUUUAGUAUUAUUGAGAUAAGUAGCAGAAUUAUCUAACAUUUUUUCAAUAUUUUAACAAUAAAUUCAUAUCACACAUGACAUUUAAUACUUUCUGAUAUAUAUGUUUAUUUUUUUUGCAUAGUUUUCAGUGCCUCUAGAUUUUAAUCAAAUUUAGAGGCAAGAUUUACAACAUUUUGUAUUAAAUCUUUUAAAUAGUAGUUUGACUAGAUUAAUUCAAUAAAACUGUUUCUGCAACGUUGUUAAACCAAUGUGACACUACUAAAAGCGACGUGUUUUUAUAUAUUGAAAAAAAAAAUAGUAAAAGUACGCUACUUAUAUACACGUAUAAUUGAAAGUCAGUUGGAAGAAGGAAUUAAAGAAAGGAUUUAUUUCUUUCCUUCUACUAAAGGUUUUUGUGAUUCCACCAAUUUAUGCGAAGUGAAUGGUUUUUAUUCCCUUUUUCAAACUCACAAUUAAGCACUUCGUCAAUAAAAUGAAAAAAUUUGACACGUGGCGAAUUGCCUUUUAUUCUCUUCUAAUCUGUGGUUCAAUUGAUUUCUAAAUUAGCAGUAAUACUCGACUGUAAUUACAGUUGUUGAAAAUAACAUGUAAAUGUAUUUUAUUGAUAGAAAAAAAAUAAUUUCUCACAUUUUAUUAUUAAUAUCGCUAACGCUAAAGACGUAAUAUUCUUUGACAAAGGGAUCCAUACUUUCCACAAGAAACUACACACUUCUUCUGGGCCUCCUUUGUUUAGCUGGUUAGUGUAGAAAUCAGCUGAAUAACUCUUCAAGUCGUGAUCUCAAAACAUGUAAAGCCAUAGUUUUUUAAAUAAACUUCUCUUGAAUUGAGAUUUUAGGUAUCGGAAGAUUUUAUGUAUUAUCAAAUACCAUGACAACUACAUAUUCUCUUUGCUGACACAAUGCCAAAAUUUCUUCUUGUUCACCAACAAUUGAUGCUUCAAUUGGUUUCUAAAUUCAAAUUAAUACUCAAAUUUAAUUUCGGUUGUUGAAAAUGACACGUAAAUAUAUUUUGUUGCUAUAAAAGAAAAUAAUUGCUGAAAUUCUAUUUUCAAUAUCCUUAUACUUUUAGAAUCGAUUAAAAUUAUUGUUUCUUGUGAAAUAUAUUAUAUCAUAAUUUGGAUUCUGUUUUAGUGUAUGUAUGCAUUUCAAUAAAAUUUGAAUGAUUAAGUUUACUUUUUUUAAUUUUUUUUAUAAUUUGAUUUUGACAAUGGUUUUCCAGUGAAUUGCGAUAGACAUUGCGAUUUUGGAAAAUCAGAUUGAUCUUGAAAUCCCAAUUAUGAUUUAUUAAUGUUUAUAAAAUAUUUUUUUGCAAUUGAAGGGGUUAUAAGGGAUAAUCAACUUUGUGCAAAAUCUUAAAAGUAACUUCAAAAUGCUGUAGCUUUUAAAAAGAUGCACAAACGGUUAAAGAACCGAUAGUCUAUUUAUUUCUCAAUCUCAUGGAGUUGGCCUUCUUAUUUCAAAGCAAUUGUCAUACGAAUUGAGUCCCUUUAUUGGCCACAUAAAGUUACAACUUGUAGAAAAAAAAACAAUAUGCAGAUGUAUGUUUAUUCCUGAACCUCUUCUUUGCCUUUGAAAUAUUUUGCUUUAUGUUUUGAGUAGAUUUCUUUACAAAUUUUGUUAAUUUUUUUUAAAGACUGCUGAAAUUUAUUUUUCUUUUAUUCAUUUUUUAAGUAAGGACUAUAAAUAGCCUAUUUUGACAGAAAAAAUGAAAUCUUGGCAAAAACUAUGUUUAUUAUUUUAUUGAAUUAUUUUUAAUUUUGAACAUAUACAAACAAAAAUAGUAUUGAAGGAUUAAGGCUAAUAAUUUUGAUAUUAAGUAAUGUCAUUUUGGCAAAAUGUGGUCUUCAGUAAGUUAGUAUGUACGAGGGUGGAUGAAAGAAAAAAUAUAUGACAUGAUAUGUAUCUUUAAAAUAUUUUCAAUAUUAUAUUAAUAUAUAAAUUUAUAAAUAUUUUUUGAUUCUCAGAAUUCAAGUUUCAGUAAAUUAGUAUAAUUGUUUGUCACGACUUGUAUCACAAAUCCAAAUAUUUUUAUUAAAUUUUCCCUAUUAGACCUUAUCCUUUAUUGCUCUAAAUGCCUGUAAUUCAUAUUCUACGCAGACUUGUACAAAAGUACUUACUAAAUGUGUAUGUAAUAUAUUAAUUUAUAUCCGUUUACUUUUUAUUUUGUAGGUGUAGCACUAUGCACCACAGUGCAAUUGAUUUCACGUUUUCUAUCAAGUUUAGAAUGUGUUUUUGUGUAGUUUGUGAAGUUAUUUAUUAAUAAAUUUAUUACUCUGAGAAA